GGUUUGAGAAGUAAACAAUAUGAGCCAUUAAAGCUGGGUUAUGGAGCCGUGGUAUCGAAUGGUGAUGGCUGCGCUGACAUUGGAGGGAAGAUGCUGAGCGAUGGUGGUUCCGCUGUAGACGCCGCAAUUGCUACGUUAUUGUGUGAAGGCGUUAUGCUGCCGCAUAGCAUGGGAGUGGGUGGAGGGUUUGUCGCAACAAUAUACUCCAAAGAUACCAGCAAAAUUGAGACUCUGAUAGCGCGGGAAACUGCGCCGGCUUCCUCUGUUCAGAAUAUGUUCAUUGACAAGCAGAUAACAGGGGCCAUCGCCGCUGCUGUUCCAAGUGAAAUAUACGGAUAUUGGCGUUUGCAUGAAAAAUAUGGAAAAUUGCCAUGGAAGUCCUUGUUUGAACCAACCAUUGAGCUGUGUUUCAAAGGUAUUAAAGUUUCGAAAUAUUUGGCGAACGUGCUGAACCUGUAUGCCGAUCGUAUACUCAAUGAACCCUCAAUGGCUGAAAUAUUUAUUAAUCCGGAAACUAAGGAACUUUAUAAAGAAGAUGAGAUCAUGUAUCGGCGCAAAUUGGGUGAAACGCUAAAAAUCGUGGCCGAAGAGGGUCCUGAGGCUAUUUACAGAGGUGGUAUAAUAGGUAAAAAGCUCGUAGAAGAUAUACAGGAGAUGGAUGGUAUUAUAACAGAGGCAGAUUUGCAAAAUUACGAAGUACGGUGGGAAGACUCUGUGAAAGUAAAUUUCGAACAAGGUUACACCUUGUAUACCACUCCUUUGCCAACAAGUGGUGCUGUGCUAGCUUUCAUACUUAAGGUAAUGGAACCGAUGUAUGCUGAAAAUGAAACAGUAUUUUGGCAUCGGCUGGUUGAGACUUUCAAGCAUGCAUACGGCCAUCGAACUUCUCUGGGCGAUAUACACUAUGAGCCAGGUGUAGCAGAAACCUAUAACAAUUUGCUUAGCUCCAGUUUUGCGGCCGAAACCCGUAAGCUUAUCUCGGACGAUCGAACCUACACAGAUUUCGGUCAUUACGGUGCAAAUUUUACAAAUGAAAACGACAAAGGAACUGCAAAUAUUGCAGUACUAGCACCGAAUGGAGACGCAAUUGCGGUAACCAGUACAGUAAACAGCCA